AUGAAUAAAGUCGUGAGAAAGAAAGUAUUAUUAAUGGGAAGAAGUGGUUCAGGGAAAACUUCAAUGAGAACAAUUUUAUUUUCCAAUUAUUUACCAACACAAACAAGACAAUUACAAGUAACAAUUGAUGUUAAUCAUUCUCAAAUUUCAUUUCUUGGGAAUUACACAUUAAAUUUAUGGGAUUGUGGUGGACAAAAACAAUUUAUGGACAUGUAUUUAGGAGCACAAAAAUCACAAACAUUUAAAAAAGUUGAGGCAUUGAUUUAUGUCUUUGACGUUACAAGUGAAACAUUUGAUAAAGAUAUUCAAGAAUAUAGAGCAGUAUUAGAACGAUUAUAUGAAUACUCUCCAGAUGCUAAAUUAUUUACUUUAAUACAUAAAAUGGAUGUUUUUGAAGAAGAUGAAAAAGAUUAUCAAUAUUUACAAAAAGAAGGUAAAAUUAAAUUAGUGUCAAAGCCUUUUAGAGUUGUCAGUUAUCCAACUUCAAUUUAUGAUGAUACAUUAUAUUCAGCAUGGAGUGCAAUUACAUAUAGUCUUAUUCCAAUGAUUACAGAAGUUGAAGAUAAAUUAAAUUCAUUUUGUAAUUUUAUAGAAGCAGAUGAAAUUGUUGUAUAUGAAGCAAGUAGUUUAUUAGUAAUAAGUUAUUCUUCAAGAGUAGAAUUUGAUGAGUCUAGAAGAUUUGAAAAUAUAUCAACCAGUAUUAAAAGUUUUUAUCAUAGUUGUACUGACUUAAAGAAAACACAAUUUAAAAAUAUUAGAGUUGAAUUACCUGAUAAAAAAGUAUAUUUUGAUACAUUUACUUCAAGCACUUUUAUUAUGGUAAUAUUUUCAAAUCCUUGUUUAACUUUUACUAAUGUUGCAAUGAACGUUAAGGCAAUUAGAAAUAAAUUUGAAGAUUUAAUUGGUUUCAAAGGAGAUGACUAUUAA